GCAGCGCGGAGCUCUCAAAACCGCCCGAGCGCGGAGCCGCCGGUGCCCGCUGCGCUCCCGGUGCCGCUCGGCGGGAGCUGCCCGCGCCCCCGGGGCUGGCCCCGCCAUGUCCCCGGGCAAGUGACACAAGUGACAGCGGGGGACUCGCUGCGGUGCCCAGAGCUCGGGGAUGCCCCAGAGCUGCGCCAAGCCCUCGGACAUGGCCGAGCUCGUGAGCAGCCAGGGCUGGAUGGAUGAAAUGCCGGGAGCCAAGGCCGAGCUGAAGGAGGGGGACACCAGGACAGGUCCCUUCGGGCUGGGGCCGGCCCUGACCGAGGAGCGCGACAGCGUGGAGGAGGAAGAGGAGGAGGAGGAGGAGGAAGACGGGGAGAAGCCGAAGAGGAGGGGCCCGAAGAAGAAGAAGAUGACCAAGGCCAGGCUGGAGCGGUUCCGGGCGCGGCGGGUCAAGGCCAACGCCCGGGAGCGCACGCGGAUGCACGGCCUGAACGACGCCCUGGACAACCUGCGCAGGGUCAUGCCCUGCUACUCCAAAACCCAGAAGCUCUCCAAGAUCGAGACGCUGCGGCUGGCCAGGAACUACAUCUGGGCCCUGUCCGAGGUGCUGGAGACGGGGCAGACGCCCGAGGGGAAGAGCUUCGUGGAGAUGCUGUGCAAGGGGCUGUCCCAGCCCACCAGCAACCUGGUGGCCGGCUGCCUGCAGCUGGGCCCGCAGCCGCUCUUCCUGGAGAAGCACGAGGAGAAGGCCCCUGCCUGCGAGUCGGCCCUGGCUGGCCACUCCUUCGGCUACCAGGGGCUGCCCAGCCCCCCCUACGGCUCCAUGGAGUCGCACCUGCUGCACCUGAAGCCGCCGGCCUUCAAGAGCCUGGUGGACGCUUCCUUCGGGAGCCACCCCUCUGACUGCUCCACGCCCCCCUACGAGGGGCCCCUGACGCCGCCCCUGAGCAUCAGCGGGAACUUCUCCCUGAAGCAGGACGGGUCCCCGGACCUGGAUAAAUCCUACCCCUUCAUGGCCCACUACCCCUCGGUCAGCCUGGCCGGAGCCCACGGACCCGGCUCCCACUUCCAGAGCUCCGUGCCCCGCUACGAGAUCCCGCUGGAUGUGAGCUACGAGUCGUUUCCACCUCAUGUGGCCGGGCCCCAGCUCGGUGCCAUCUUCAACGAGUAGUGGGGCCGGACAGGGGUUUGGGGCAGGGAGAAGUCGGGCGUGGAGCCGUUGCCAAGGCGGACACAGCCGGAGCGAGGGGAGGACGCUCCGGAGCCGGAGUGAGGGACCCCGAGCAUCUCUGCAGGACGCGGCCCUGGAGGUGACCGGUGCCACCCUGCUGCUGUCCCCGCUGCUGUCCCCAGGAGCCACGUGAACCUUUCUGAGCUCUGAGUGGUCGCUGCCGCGUCCCCCAGAGAUGCUCCCGAAGGUGCUUCCCCUCCGGGAUGUCCAUCCUGACACUGGAUCCAGCCCCAUCCAGCCCUUGGAACAUCCAUGGCCGAGGCGGCUCCUCUUCCUUCCCUGCUCGGGGCAGCGGGGUGGGGACACAUCCCUGUCCCUGUCAGCUCCUGCUGCCCCUCGGGGUGACCGGUGUCCCUUCCCCGUGCUCCAAUGUGGUCAUGGAUUUCCCAGUCCAGCCGUGGCCGGGUGGGAACGAGCUGGACACUUGUGGGAAACCAAAAUGGGAGAUUUCCCACCCCAGGGAGAACCUUCUCCUGCUGCCAUCAUGGAUGGAGGGACAGCACCCAGGGAUGGAGGGACAGCGUCCAGGGAGGGAGGGACAAUGUCCAGGGAGGGAGGGACAAUGUCCAGGGAUGGAGGGGCAGCGUCCAGGGACAGUGGUCCAUCAUCCAAGGUCAGUGGUCCAUUGCCCAAGGAUGGUGGCCCAUCAUCUAUGGACAUCCCAGUCCCUUAUCCCAGGUCACCACAGUCCAGCCAGGCCCUGACCACCCCUGUGGCCAUCCCUCCACUGCUCCCCUCCCGCUACCCGACCCCUUCUGAGCCCCCCCCUGUGCCCCCCAACCCCACGGGAUCGUCCGCACACAGACCUGGAAACCCCGGAUGGGAUCCCGCUGAUCCUUCCCAGAAUCCCGACUGGAAAAGGAGCCACUGAUCCCCUCUCCCGUUUGGGGCCUCUCCUCCUCUCGGUUCGUAGCAUCCCCUGAGCGCCAACAGAAGCCUGUCUUAAUUCCCUGCUUUAUUUAUUAAUUACUGUGUGUGAGGGGUCCUAAUUUAUUUCCUCUCGUUUUCCACGGAAACCUGGGAUGUGCCGAACGUUUUUCCCCCUCCAUCUUCCAGGCCCGUCGUGGGAAUUCCCUUCGUGGAGACGUUGUGGUUUUUGCCGUGCUGGUGCUCCAGGGUUAUUUAUUAGCCAUUAUUUAUUUAAUUUAUUUCCCUCCCCGCCCUCACCACCUGAUUGUUUUUUCUGGUGAUAAACCCCAGUAUUUCCAUAUUUAAUGCCAAACUCCGUAUUUAACGGCCAUUCCAUGGAUUUGGGAGGCGGAUCCUGCCGGCAGCUCCCAACUCCUCCGCGCAUUUUGAGACGAGCAAUAACUUUUAAACGCUAUGCAACGAUUUUUUUGGUUUUGUUUUUCAAAGAAAAGCCAGGCAACUAUUUUUGAUGUCCCCGUUGGCCAAAUCUCCCUGGUUUUGUAUAAAGUUGGGAAUUUGGAGAUGAUUUGAGGUCCCUGCCCAGCCCCCGGGUCCUGGGGCUUCUUCCCUUUUGUACUGAAAAUGUUUUAUCCUUUUGUAAAGAGAGCAGAUUUGGGGUUUUUAGCUCGAAUAAAGUCGUGGUCUUGUUUCAAGCA